CCCCCCAAUACCCCCAAAUAUUAUUAUCCAAUACAAUUUUUGUACAGAAGGGUCUCUACUCUUCCUAUUCAAGAAUUAGAAAAACACUCCACCCCACGUUGACCCCUACCCCUCCCCCACCCCCAAUCCCGCUCUCCUCCUGAAAUUUUUUCUUGGGGUCCCAAAUUUUGUCUACCCUUUUUUUGGGUCAUAAAUAUCUUCCCGCCUAAAGCAAAAACCAAUCGACACCCAUGUACACCACUUGCUUCCAUUUCGUUCAAUGGUUUUGGAUUUUACAAAAUGGCAGGGUGGUCGAAGAGAGUUGAUGGUUCAGGUCUAGAAAGUAUCAGGAUACCUGAAAUUGUUACAAUACUCGAUAAGCAGCUUCUUGUUAGUACUGAAGAUUUUAAGACUAAACUGUUAAAAGAGGUUAAUGGGUGUUUGUGUUUUAGGCCAUUUCCUCCAAUGCUUGGUGAUGGGAAGACAGUUGAUUUGUUCAAGCUGUACUUAGUUGUGAGGGAGAAAGGUGGGUACCAUAGGGUUUGUAGUAGUGGGUCUUGGGGUGUUGUUGCUAAAGAGUGUGGUUUUGAUUCGAGUUCUGGUUUGGCUUUGAAGUUGGUGUAUGUUAAGUAUUUAGAUGCAUUGGACAGAGCAAUGCUGAGUCUUGAGCAACCUGAUAAUAAUGAAAAGAGUGAGGUUAGGAAGAGUGGUGCCUCGGGUUUUAGUGGCGCUCGGAUGGACCUUGAGCUGGAUUUGAAGGAGGUUUUGAUGAAAAUUUCUGAUGAAAAGAAGAAAGGUGAGGUAUAUGCAAAUAUUGACAUGAGCAAUGGUGUUGAGGUCCAGGAUUUUGUUGGUUUGAUUAGAUGUUCAGAGAAUUUUGUUGGAAAGCAAAGUUUGGACCACAAUGAUUGUAAUGUAAAGGGAAUGGAUGAAAGAAUGAGUGUUGUUUAUGAUGAAGAAGAUUCCAAGUUUGUGAAAAGAAAUGGAGACGUUCAACGUGAUACAGAUGACAUCGGGCUAACAAAGUCUAGUGAGGAUGAGGAUGAUGGCAUUACUAGGAAGAGGAAGUAUAGUGAUGAAAAGAUGAGCGUCGGUUAUGAUGAAGAACAAUUGAAGUCUGUGAACGGAAACAGAGACUUUCAGUGUGGCGGAGAUGACAUCGGGCUGACAAAAUCUAGUGGGGAUGAAGAAGAUGACAUUACUAGGAAGAGGAAGCGAGAGUCUUACUUGGAUAUGCUUAAGUGGGUUACUGAACUUGCAAAGGAUCCUUGUGAUCCUGCCAUUGGUCAUCUGCCGGAAAGAUCUAAGUGGAAGUCUUAUGGGAAUGACGUUGUUUGGAAGAAGGUUCUUUUGUUAAGAGAGGAAAUGCUUUUGGAAAGAAAUGUGGACUCAAGUACUCAGUACUCUAUAUGGCAGGUACUUCAUUUCUCCUGUGUAUUGCAACUCCAUUUUUUUUGGUGAUUUACUAGAUAAAGUAAUUCAGUUGUGUAGCUGCGGUGGAAUAUCCUGCAUUUUUAUUAGUUGAUGGCUUAAUGCUGUAGUCGAUAGGGCCAUCAUAUAACUUCUUUUCAUCCAUAUCUGUUGCAUUUUGCUCAGUAUAUCUGCUAGAUUAUCAGAAGACGUUUUCAAAUGCUUUCUUUUGGGGUAUGCAAUGGUUCAAGAACAAUGUUAGGUCUGAGUAAGGAUUUCUAGAUUUUCAGGGAAGAUGGAAUAUAGAAGGGUGGAGGACAGCAAUAAACCCAUGACUCUUAAAUUCAUCUUUAGCUGGUGAUGCAAGGUCUACUUUUACUUGUUGCAGACAAAUUUAAGUUUACAUGUGCAAUGCAUUAUUUUAUCAGAUAUAAUUUUAGAGGUCUAAUAAUAGCUUGGAGAGAGAAGGAACUAUUUACACAAAUUAAGGUUCAUAUGAACUCCUUUUUAUUUUUUAAUGAAUAUUCCCCUUUACUGACUUUCAUAGUCAAUUUGGCCUUUCAAAAAUGCUGUUAUGAGAAAUUGUGAUUUUAUAUGAUUAAAUGGCAAAAUAGCAAAGUAUGAUUUACUAUUCAGUCUUUACCAAUUCAGUUGUACAUGUAAGAUGAUUUGUAAACUGUUCAGUAUUUGUCGAGAAACAUGCGUAAUAUUUUUACUUUUGUGUCACAGAAUAGUAGAAUAGAUGAUAAAGUUUUGUUAAGAAGAGAAAAGUGGGAUGGAGAACUUUUUGUGUUAUUUAAAAUGUAGUUAUACUUCUCAUUGUAAAUGGACAACAUUGUGGUACAGCUCAGAAAGGAAAGUACGACAAAUAUUUCAGUACAGGAGUAUAUUAUAGAUUAAUAGAUGAUUUUAUAAUUUCCAAAUGUGCUUGUAUUUAUGUUAAAGUCUGUUCAACUACUAACAGGGAAAAUUAGUAAAUGUUUUAGGACGAGGAUUGUGUAUUUCUAUGGUGGGAAAGACUACUUGAAGCAUUUGAAAAACUCAAGUUUAGUUUGUAUCCAAUUUGUCAUGUUGAGAUUAUGAGGAAUUUGGGAAGUCUUUGAAAUUGGUUUUAUAAGUUUAUUUGUUCGUAUGUCCCAUUCACCUUUCCUUUUUCUGGGGGAUUUGGGAAGAGGGAAAUGGAUGUUGAUAAUUCUUGAUCUUCUGUUUUCAGUAAUGACAUUGACCCUCUUAGAAGAAUGCUAGAAAAUAUCCAUUUUUAAUAGUAGGAGUUAAUAUGUCAAUGAGUGUGUUUGGAAACUUAUCGAUAUGCUCAAUAUUCUAAUAUGGACCCUUGCUUCUAAAUAUAUGGACGGUAGAUCAUUGAGAACCAACGAAAUACCCAGCCUAAAAUCUAUACUUAUGUCCCUAGUCCACAUUAUAGGUUUUGCUUCUAUUUGCUGCUUUAAGUGUAGGAUUUAGUAAGAUCAAGGAGAGAUUUCUAGCAAUAUUCAACUUGAACAGAUUCAAGAAAUUUUAAAUUCUCGGAUGCUGAGUCGAAAAGUUAUAAUAAUUCUGGUGGCUGCAAAGCGGCACUUUAGUAGAAGUACCUUAACUCUAGUAAAGGAGAUGCAGUUAAUAAAAUACCACUUGUACGUAUGUUCCUGUCACAUUCAAUCUCAAACCCAUCUAAUCACCAAAAAAACUCUCUCCGUAUAAGAAAACAUUCUCAUACCAGUUUCAGAGAUCCAUGGCUUCUGAAAAUAUUUGACUAGGUAGAAGAUCAUGCCAUCAUGGAGUUUGUGCAGGCAUUUCUUUUUGGUAAUUAUACUCAAACUAGAGCUUUGGUGCAAAGUUGGAUACAAUGGUAUCAUAACAUCAUUAAAAUUGAGUUUACUAAAUAUGAAACUUUUGAAAUUUGGAAAUGGUAUAUUGAAUACUUUAUGAUGUGUCCAGUGUUGUGAAGAGCGUGAAGCGAGAAAAAGCGACAAACCCCAUUUCGCUUAAAGCGAGAAGCGAAGCGCUCGCUUUUUUGAAGUGAAGCGAAAUUUAAAAUAAAUAAAUAAAUAAAGAUUGCAUAGACAACAUAUGUAAUUGUAAGCAAAUGUUCAAUACUUCAAUGUAAAAACUAAAUAGUAGCAUCAA